AUGCAAAUAAUCACAAAUCAUAAAGAUAUUGAAUUAGCUUUAGUUGAAGUAAUUAAAGUAGCAUAUAGCCAAGGCACUAAAAAAUAUAACAAAUUAGGAACAUCAUAUAUAAGUUAUCUUAAAACUUUACAAUGA